AUGCAGGCGCAGCUGACGAGACCGACGCCCGGCAUUAUUCGGGAUAAUCUACGCUUCGCUCUUGUCGCCGAAGCCCACAUAAUUUCUUCCAGUGAGUGCAAAUAUGAUACCAAGCAACUCUGCCAUACCAUUUGA